GCCGAUAUCCCAAACACCAUAAACCUCCCUCACCAAGCAUGCCUAAACCCCCAUCGAGCUCGCUUCGAUUUUUCGGCUCUCUGUCACUCGUAUUCUCACUCUCCUCAAAGUUCACUUCGAAACCUAAACUCUGAUUCUUCACUCUCCGUUCUUCUUCUGCAUUGUUUCAUCUAAGUCCUUGUUGCUCUGUUCAACUUCACCGACUUCUCAUCACAAAUUUCUGGGGAAUUCAUGGCGGACUUAGAAAAGCUGCUUCUGGAGGCAGCAGGAAGAACCAGUACAGUGGGUAGGAACCGGCAUUCACAUCCAGCAUCUAGAAGACAACACGAUGGUUCAUAUUCUGAUGAUGGAAGUGACUCAAAAGAUGAUGACUCAGAUGAAGAUCAUGAUUAUGCAAGCAAGAAGCCCUCUGGAUCUCAAGUUCCUUUGAAGAAGAGGCUAGACCCUACGGAAAGAGAUGAUGAUCGUGAUGAUGAUGAUGAUGAUUAUGACCAUGAUGGUGACAGUGGUGAUGAUGACUCUGUUGGGAGCGAUCUUUACAAGGAUGAAGCUGACAGGCAAAAGCUUGCAGGGAUGACAGAACUUGCAAGAGAGUUGAUUUUGUCAGAACGUGCAGUGAAGAAAAAUGAUAAAGAAUGGCAUGAGAAGAUGAAAUCAAAGUGGAAUGACAAGAAGCCACGACCUAGAAAAGAAAAAGAAAGUCCACUUCACACAACUUCUCGUGGUGUGCGCUCCUCUGCCAGAUCAGCUGACAGAUCAGCUGCCAAAGAUGAUGCACUGAAUGAGUUACGAGCAAAACAACGAUUGAGGAAUCAAGGGCAUCAGGACUCGGAGGAGCGCACACCAACCAAGCAGAGAGCCUUCACAGCAGCAAGUAUAAGUAGCUCGAGUCAGAGUGAAAGUGGGUCCCAUAGUGAAGAUGAAGGGGUGGUUGACAGCGAUGAAGACAAGACAUCACCCAUGUCAAAAGUACCUACAUUUGAGGAUAUAAAGGAGAUUACUAUUCAGAGGUCAAAACUGGCUAAAUGGUUCAUGGAGCCUUUCUUUGAUGAUUUGAUUGUGGGAUGCUUUGUUAGAGUUGGAAUUGGGAAAUCAAAAUCCGGACCUGUCUACAGGCUCUGCAUGGUCCAGAAUGUUGAUGUUGCUGACUGUGACCGACAGUACAAGCUGGAGAACAAAACCACGUACAAGUAUUUGAAUGUUGUUUGGGGCAAUGAAAGUUCUGCUGCCAGGUGGCAGAUGGCUAUGGUUUCAGACUCCCCUCCUCUGAAAAACGAGUUUGACCAGUGGGUUAGGGAGGUGGAGCGUAGUGGUGCUCAGAUGCCAAGCAAACAGAAUGUGUUGGAUAAGUUUGAGGCCAUUCAAAAAACCAACGCGUAUGUCUACUCAGCUGCCACUGUGAAGCAGAUGGUGGAGGAGAAAAAAUCCGCCACAUGGAGGCCGUUAAAUGUUGCGGCGGAGAAGGAUCGGCUGAGGCGGCAAAUGGAAGUGGCAAAAAGUAAGAACAAUGAGGCUGAGGUGGAGAGGAUUGUGGCAAGGCUGAAGGUACUGGAAGCUUCCCGGCAAACUCAAGAGAAAGAUGCAAAGGCUAUAAGGCUGGCCGAAAUGAACAAAAGGAAUCGGGUUGAGAAUUUCAAAAAUGCAUCAGAACUAAAACCCGUGAAUACGAGUUUGAAAGCGGGCGAGGCUGGGUACGAUCCAUUUUCGAGACGGUGGACUAGGUCAAUGAAUUACUAUGUUUCGAAGCCCAGUGGAGGAGAUGAGGUGGCAGAGGCAGAAGCAAAAGUAGCCAAUGGUGAUACUACUACAGCAGUUGGUGUGGAAGCUACGGCAGCAGCGUUGGAAGCUGCAGCUGAUGCAGGGAAGUUGGUGGACACGAGUGCUCCAGUGGAUCAAGGAACGGAGUUGAAUACGAUGCAUGAUUUUGAGCUGCCGAUCUCAUUGGCUGUGCUUCAGAAGUUUGGUGGGCCCCGAGGAGCUCAGGCAGGAUUCAUGGCUAGAAAGCAGAGGAUAGAAGCGACGGUUGGAUGCCAAGUGUUGGAUGAUGACGGAAGGAGACAUGCACUGACCCUUUCUGUUGGCGACUACAAGAGACGCAGAGGGCUGCUUUGAAGUGAGCUGUUUCGAGGUAAGAAAUUCUAACUUUUGCCAUCAUGAAUCGAAUUGAAUUGAAAAUGCUGGUUUUAAAGGGUAGGCUUCUUGUUCGGGACAGCGUAGCCUGUGAAAAUUAAAUUGUCUUCGUCUUGUUAUCUUUUAGUGUCGUUUAAAUUUCUUUUGGAGAAAAAUCCAUGCAAAUUUGUUGGGAAUGUCAAUCUUAAUGGCACCACUUUGGCGAACAUAAUUACCCAAUCUAAUAUGUGGUUAUGCAUAUCUAGCCCAAGAUUUUGUUGAA